AUGUCAGCGUUUGUUAUCUGCCAAUCACAAUCCGAGCCUCGUCUAUAUAAGAGACACGAGGUCCUUAUCGUCGGCUCGAACACUACGGGGGGGAUGAUGGGGCUCUUUGGAAAGAAGCCGGACGCUCUAGCAACACCAGGGCGCUGUUCAUCCAUAGCAUAUUCUGGACAUAACAAGAUUGUGAUCGCAUUUCAGAUCGGCUUGGAAACUACUACGGCUGCCUUUGCAUACCUUCGUCUCGGAGAGCGACCACAGGUCCACAAAAUAACCAAAUGGCCAGGCCAUAAGGACGACGUGUUCAAUGCCGAGGUCGCUACGAUUGUAGUAUAUCACAAGCCAGACUUUGUCGGUUGCGGGGCCCAGGCUCCCGAAUUCAGGCAGCAGCCAGGCUACAUCGCAGAACGCUCCUUUCCUAAAUAUUUGAAUGCCUUCGGUACCGAUGCCGAGAAGACGAUGACGCCGCCUAGAGUCCCACUCGAACAAAUCUACCGUGACUUCUUGCGCUACAUCCACGAUACAAUUCGGCUGGCCUUUCAAAGCUCAAUUCCCGACGGAUCUGAUAUCUGGAAAAGACUAUACGGGACCAUAGAUAGCGUGAUCCUCAUUCCAGACUCUUGGGGCGAUGUUCAGAAAGACUUGGUUCGUCAAGCAGCCGUUGAAGCAGAGAUUUGCGACAGAAGCAGAGCUGAUUCUGCUAUCUCAUUCGUCAGCGACCCGUCUCCACUCCUUCAUGUUGCAAGCGAGGGCUUUGGAGGCGUUCGACUAGCUAACGGUGAACACUUGGGUAUCUUGACGACAGGGCAUAGAUCCACCGAUUUAGAUCUCUAUCUCUGCUUAGAGGCAUCGCGAGAGCCCAUACUACACCAAGAACAAACCGUUGCUCUACAUAGCUCACCAAGCGCGCUGGCAAGUCUCAUCGAUCCUGGAAUGAUGGCUAUAGGAGAUAAUCUACACAGCUUUUUGAAGAAUAGCGACCCAAACUGGCUUCUGAGGGGUUGGAAGAAGCAUUACUUGGAGACAUUCGAUGGGGAGACCCCCACGAGUCAAGGUCUCGCGACAUACGAUUGGUCUUCCACGCGUCUAUAUCUCAACCAGAGUCACAUGUGUAGCGUAUUUUCAGCUCACAUUGAUGCAUUUACGCGCGCUGUGGAAAAUCUUUCGCCGCCCCCAAAGUAUCUUAUUGCCACUGGAGACCUGUUUCUAUCGCCAUAUCUGAUUAAGGCGUUCUCUCCAAGGUGCGGGCAGCUCGAUAUAAAGUUAGUUGUGCUAGGAGGCUGCACGGUACUUGUCCAGGCCGCAGUAUUAUUGCAUGCUAGAAGGAGUACUUUUAGCGAAUCUUCAUUCCGGACAAGACCAGUAAGUACCCACCAGCAAGUGCAACCGAGUGAAGCAACGCACUCGACGCAGUCAUGGGCCAAUGGUUAUUAUGGGGACAGCGAAGUGGAACAACCUCUACCGUCAUCGACAGUAUACCAACAUCCCGCUCAGCCACCAGCUGGAGCGUCAUGGCCUGCCUCCCCGUACGGCCAAACAGAGGAGGAUCCGCCUCAUUACAAUGAAGUUAAUCCAAACUUAACAACUCUCCAUAACACAAUGACGUCUUUGGCAGUGGAGAAUCAGAGGCUUAGGCUGGAGCUCGACGCAGCGCGAGCCGGACGCAGUCCACCUAGCAGUCCGGUAGACUCCCCAACCUCAUUCUCACAGCGGCAAGAUGCCAAAAGUGUCCUGAGGAUCUUCAGAAGGCGACAAUCCGAGAGCACGCCCACGGUCUUGAACUAG